AUGAAUAAUCUUGAUGUUCUUGCUGAAUUAGCAUCCAAUCAAAAACCUAUUAAGCAAGAAUCUGAUUCAUUAAAUGCUUCAUUUAUUCUGAAAACAACGCAAAAAGGUAAACCAUGUAUUAUACUUGAUGGUCAUCGUUAUAAACAUCGACGUGAUAAUCUCGAUGGUUCCAUGUCUUGGACAUGUACACACGAACUAUGCAGUGCUAGUGUAAGAACUUAUGGUGAUCGUGUUGUACGUCGUAAUGAUGGUCAUUUACAUGCUCGAACAUUACUUGUUGAUCCUCAACAAGAAUUUUUAUCACGCUUAAAAAAACGUGCUGCUGAAGAUACAGUUACCAUUCCAAAAAUUUAUGAUGAAGAAUUAAUGCGAUCAAUAAAUGAACAUUCAACAGAAAUACGCGAACAUUUGCCAUCAUUUGCAUCAGUUAAAUCAACAUUAUAUCGUCAUCGGCAAAGAAAUCAAAAAUUUAAAGUGUCGAAUACAGAUUGUAAAUCAUCUGAAUGGAAUUCAUUACCGCCGAAAAAACGUCCAUUACCGAUCGAUAUUGAUAAUGAAGAUGAAAAACGAAAGAAACUAUCUUCAUCAACAUAUCCAUAUAAUUUAUUCUUAGCACAAAACUAUAUGUUCAUGUAUGCUUAUGCAUCAGUACUAUCUAGUCUUCAACAACAAAUGUGA